GGCCUACUGAGUGUGUGUGAGAGAGAAACAAAGAGAAUCCGGUGCGGGCGGGCUCCUUGCGGUGAAUCCCUGCGGCCGGAUGGAGCAGUGCGGGCGGGCGGCGCUGAGCUAGGUGCCGGUGGGUCGGGCGGGCAGGAGGGGGCGAUGCGGUCUGGCUCCCCGCCAUUGAAGCCCUGCAGCUGAUCCCCCGCGAGCACUGCACCAUGCCGGGCGGAGGCCCCUGGGGGCCCCCUGCUCAACCCGACCUGCUGUUACUGGAGCCCGAGGAGAUCCGGCUGAGGCUGGCCGCGCUGGGCCUGGAGAGCCCGGGGGAGGGCGAUGUCCCGGCGGAGGAGGAAGGCGGGCCCGGGGAGGAGCUGUACCCAUGCGGGGCCCCCGGGGAGCUGCUGGCCGGAGCGGUGGACCCUGGAGAUCUGCUGGCAGCCGGGGCCCCUGGGGACCUGAUGGCGGCCGGGGGCCCCGGGAUGCUGCUCCUCGGUGCCGGGUACCCGCUGGGCGCGGAGCAGGCCGCCCUGAACAUGCGGAGGAAGAGCGUGAACACCAACGAGCUGGUCCCGGUACCCAGCUCGGAGCAUGUGGCGGAGAUCGUGGGCAGACAGGGUGAGUGUGCACUCAGGGGAGGGAGUGCUUACAGCGAGUGUGCACUUAAGGCAAUGACGAGAUACGUGUGAGGGGUGCAGAGAUGGUCAUGAGCAGAGUGAGUGCAUGGUUAGGUGAGUGAGCUCUCAGCACCCUCUGAGACUGGUGGGGUUAUUCUGAUUGAGUGCGCCCUUAGAGACUUGUGGGGGUAUUCUGAUUGAGUGCGCCCUUAGAGACUUGUGGGGGUAUUCUGAUUGAGUGCGCCCUUAGAGACUGGUGGGGGUAUUCUGAUUGAGUGCGCCCUUUGAGACUGGUAAGAGUAUCAGGGUUGAGUGUGCCCUUAGUGAUUGGUGGGUGUUUUCGGGUUGAGUGCGCCCUUUGAGACUGGUAAGAGUAUCAGGGUUGAGUGCGCCCUUUGAGACUGGUAAGAGUAAUAGGGUUGAGUACGCCCUUUGAGACUGGUGGGAGUAUCAGGGUUGAGUGCGCCCUUUGAGACUGGUAAGAGUAAUAGGGUUGAGUACGCCCUUUGAGACUGGUGGGAGUGUCCGGGUUGAGUGCGCCCUUUGAGACUGGUGGGAGUGUCCGGGUUGAGUGCGCCCUUUGAGACUGGUGGGAGUGUCCGGGUUGAGCGCGCCCUUUUACAUUAGAUCACUCCACACCACUAAAGCAUUCAAAGCAAAUCUCAAAUACUAAUACCAAAUUGGGAAAUAACCCCAAACCACCUACGUUUUCAGAUUUGCUAUUGACUAAAAUGUUUAAUUCCUGACCCUACACACUUUAGUAAAUUACCCUGUCAGUAUGCAAUGAGAGGUAUCUGUUAACUUGCAGACAGUCUCCAAGAAAACGUAGGAAAGGAGUAUCUGUUGAAUAUACAUUACAUUGGAGUCAAAUUACAAAAAACAGGACGUGCCAUCAGUAGUGAGUGACAGAGUGUAGGUAUGGAUUUCAUUGAUCGAGCCACGGCUCAAUUAUAAGUUAACUGUAUUGAACCAUAUACAGAUUUGGUAAACCAGGACAAGCUGAUGCGGCAUAAUUAAGACCAGUUUGCAUAUCACAGGACAGUCUGUGUUAACAUUAUCUUUUGCUCUGAUUUCUUCCAUGUAGUUAGUUUGCUCAUGUGCAUGACACAGCCUUGCAUAUUAUCAGUCAAGGAACACUAAAUGCCGUCACACAACAUGUACAUUUUGUCACCAAAGUAUUCCCACAUUUGUGGCAUCUAUUUAUUUCGCUGUCAUGCACACACAUCAUUGGUAAGUAGUUUGUAAACCUGAUUUAUACUGCUGCAGAAAGAGUGAAUAAUUUCUAUUUGGCUAUAACUGCCCCUUUUUACCUAGGUUUGCUGUGUGUUUUUGAAGCUACAGGGUGAAAGGUAUGCAAUUCAGUGCUCAAAUAGAAUUUCGAUCUUGGUGCAAUUCUCCUUCUGGGCAGUUUAGCAGGCUACCUGCCAGUUGAAAUAUAGCCCCAAUAAAUUAAUACAUUUCUAAAGUCAGACACCCUGGGUAUUGUAGGCUGGGUAUUUUUACUUUUUCUUUCGGGCUAUUUUACCCGAAUUCUUACGAAAAUAUCUAGUAAUAUUUUUUUCUUGUGUUUGUUUGCUUGUUCAUUGAAUUUUAUCUGUUUAUAUUGAGCACAUACAGUAUGCCAGAGCACCAAACCUUUGUUCAGCUCCACUCCCUGUGUGGCAUUUGUCUAGUAGAAAGUCACCUAUGGUGUAGGUAUAAUAUUGCUUACAGUGGCAAGUAACCCUUAAAGUGACACUAUAUUCACCUGAACAACUUAAGUUUAAUGAAGCAGUUUUGGUGUAUAGAACAUGCCCCUGCAGCCUCACUGCCCAAUCCUCUGCCAUUUAAGAGUUAAAUCCCUUUGUUUAUGAAGCCUAGUCACACCUCCCUGCAUGUGACUUGCACAGUCUUCCAUAAACACUUCCUGUAAAGAGAGCCCUAUUUAGGCUUUCUUUAUUGCAAGUUCUGUUUAACCCCUUAUGGACACAUGGCAUGUAUGACAUGUCAUGAUUCCAUUUUAUUCCAGAAGUUUGGUCCUUGAGGGGUUAAUUAAGAUUGUCUUAUCCCCUGCUAUGUUAAUAGCUUGCUAGACCCUGCAAGUGCCUCCUGUAUGUGAUUAAAGUUCAAUUUAGAGAUUGAGAUACAAUUAUUUAAGGUAAAUUACAUCUGUUUCAAAGUGAAACCAGUUUGUUUGUUUGUUUCAUGCAGGCUCUGUCAAUCAUAGCGAGGGGAGGUGUGGCUAGGGCUGCAUAAACAGAAACAACGUGAUUCAACUCCUAAAUGACAGUGAAUUGAGCAGUGAAAUUGCAGGGGAAUGAUCUAUACACUAAAACUGCUUUAUUUAGCUAAAGUAAUUUAGGUGACUACAGUGUUCCUUUAAGGCCUGGCUAGUGGCAUAGGAUUUCAAAAUGUAAACCCUGCCCUGUGUACAUUGUAGCCAAAACUAGUGAGAGUUAAGAUGUAGUGGGGUUGUGGUAGUCCUGCAAGCACAGGGUACGUUAGUAAUGGUUUAAAAACAUAACUUUCACAUGGUUGGUAUUUAAGGCCUUGUGUUGCCAGAGAAAGUUGUUUGGUUCGCACAAAAAGGGUUUAAAGGACCACUCUAGGCACCCAGACCACUUCAGCUUUAUGAAGUGGUCUGGGUGCCAGGUCCCUCUAGGAUUAACCCUUUUUUAAUAAACAUAGCAGUUUCAGAGAAACUGCUAUGUUUAUACUGAGGGUUAAUCCAGCCUCCAGAGCCUCUAGUGGCUGUCUCAUUGACAGCCGCUAGAGGCGCUUGCGUGCUUCUCACUGUGAAAAUCACAGUGAGAGCACGCAAGCGUCCAUAGGAAAACAUUGUAAAUGCUUUCCUAUGCGACCGGCUGAAUGCGCGCGCGGCUCCUGCCGCGCAUGCGCAUUCAGCCGAUGACGUCGCGAGCAAGGAGGAGUACAGCUCCCCGCCCGGCGCUGGAAAAAGGUAAGUGUUUAACCCCUUCCUCUCUCCAGAGCCUGUGCGGAGGGGGUCCCUGAGGGUGGGGGCACCCUCAGGGCACUAUAGUGCCAGGAAAACGAGUAUGUUUUCCUGGCACUAUAGUGGUCCUUUAAGGCUGGCGUAUCUACCAAAAAGUAUCUUUUGAAGUGGUCAGCAUUAAUCGGAUAAAAUACCUUUCUGCUAUUUUGGGAAAUAGGUGAUCUAUAUUGAUUUGAGUACACACUGGCACUUUAUUCUCUUUUAUUUAUCUUGUUCCUACUUAAGUGAUAUGAUCUCACUAUAAAUGAUAUGUGGUACAUAUACGCUAUUGUUGUACAAGUGUUUCUAGAGAAUCAUUGAGUUAUCUGGAAUUGAUUCAAUGAAACCAUCCCAGAAGUUGAAAAAGGAAAUCUGAGAAACCUACAGAUGGCCUGAGGCUAGUUAUAACCCGGAUAUAGAAAUUAAGCAGGGCCUGAAACGCUGUGUAUAUAUAGGACAAAAGAGAGGCUGUUCGAAGUGCUGGCACUCACAUUGAAGUGAGUCCAAGAUUCACUACUGGGUAAUGUUGUAAAUGUAUAGAUUUUGGGGAUUUUUUUUGACAAUAAUUAUUGCUCCUAAAGGGAUCACUAUAGGCACCCAGACCGCUUCAGCUUAAUGAAGUGGUCUGGGUGCCAGGUCCAGCUAGGAUUAACCCUUUUUGCUGUAAACAUAGCAGUUUCAGAGUGACUGCUAUGUUUACAUAUGGGUUAAUCCAGCCUCUAGAGGCACUUCCGCGUUUUUCACUGUGAUUUUUCACAGUGAGAAGAUGCCAGCAUCCAUAAGAAAGCAUUGAGACUGCUUUCCUACGGACUGGCUGAAUGCACUCGCGGCUCUUGCCGCGCAUGCACAUUCAGCCGGUCAUGGAAGAAGAGGGAGGAGAGUCCCCAGCGCUGAGGGAGCCUGGCGCUGGAAAAAAGGUAAGGGAUUAACCCCUUCCUCCCCCCCCCUCACCGCCACUGGAGUGGGACCCUGAGGGUGGUGGCACCUCAGAGCACUAUAGUGCCAGGAAAACGAGUAUGUUUUCCUGGCACUAUAGUGGUCCUUUAAUAACCUAAGGUGCAGCAGUAUUUGUGGCAGCAUAACAUAACUGUAUUAUUAAUUUUUUAUACGGUGUCGGCAAAUUUCGCAGAGCUGCGUUAUAGAAACAGUCAAUAACAAGUGUAGAAACUAGGCGACCCAGAGGUAUUUUUCAGUAUCCUAUUCCAAAAUGGAAUUUCUUAUUUAACUAGUGUGGAGGUGUAUAGCUCUGUCAAAGCUAAAUAAACAGGAAUUCCAUGCAGUUAUAAGCCAUUUACUACCAUAUUGUGUGUGAUGUCACACAGGACCAGAUAAAAUAACAUUCUAUUAAUAAAUACAUAUCUCUUCAGAAGGCGUUGCUUUAUUAAUAUAUACAUUGACAAAACAUGUCUCGGUGCUGAGCAAUGUGUUGAAAGUGGUCUAGGUUAGAAUGUUUAUAUAUAUAUAUAUAUAUAAUUUGCAAGCUUGGACUUGCAACAGAUUUUAAAAGGAACACUACAGCACCACUGCUGCUCCCCCUUCCACUAUGAACAGUGGAGAGCCAGAACCUCUCUGUCUAAGCGAAGUCCUGCAAGUGAAAGAAGGUAGUGGUUAUGGUGGUUUGAGUGUUCCUUUUCAGAAAGGGCUAGUUUAACGCAAAGAAUAUAAUACUGAACACGUGUCAUACAAUACAUAGAACCUAUGCAUAAAGAAAAUGAUAGAUUUUUUUUUUUUUAAGUAUAUGUUUAUUUUAUCUUUUCCAAAAAUGUGUUAAUAAACAAGUCAUCAUUCCCACGCUGUGAAAUUAAACAGUUUACUGCAGACUUUCUAUUGAUUUAUGAAUAGUAAUAAUAAACCGGAAAUAAAUUUGUGUCAAACUUUACCCCUUAAGGACAGAGGCAAUUUUCCAACUUAUAAACAAAACCUAGCAUUUAAACUGUUUGUUCCACCAUAAGUUAAAGGUUAAUCUUUGUGUUCCCUUACACAUUACAUAUUAUUUCAAAAGGACAUAUGCAUCUAUUGCACAUCAAACAAGAUGAAUCCUGUUUCUGGCAAUGCACUCUGGAUCAGUAUUUUUCCUCCUCCUGACAAAAGCUUGACACAAGAUGGAGCUACAGUUGUCAAGCUGUCAUUUCCCCCAAAUGUCACCUGUGAUAGCUGUAGGGAAAUUAGACAGGCGUUUAACUGAUAAGAACAACAACCUUAGACCAGUGUGAGGGGCACCUGAUUGGUGAAACCUCAUUCAGGUUUUGGGAAAGCUGUCUGCUGCAGCUUCAGGAACUAUCAAGAUAAGGUUUUAAUUUUUAAUGCAUUAUUUUCUCCCAAGAGUGACAAUUUAACAGCAGGUGGAAGAAGCACAAUUCAAGUCCCCUUGUUUGAGUGGAUAUACUCUUGUAUGUUGUUGAAAUUAUACUCUUUGUCCUUGAAGAAUUUUAGUUGACUGUGUAGGUCAAGUGAGAAUGGAUAUUGAAUUUAACGCUUCCCACUCUGAUGUAAUCAGUGUGAUCUCAUCUGUGCAUUUGCUUUUAGAGUGCAUAUUCUCUGUGCUGCUCAGAAUGUAGAUUUUAUGUAAAGGGUGGAUGUGGAAGCAUGGGAAAACCAAAUGUUCACUUAAUUUUAUUAAUUUAAAAACAAAAUCUCAUGACCAAACUACUAAUUUUAAGGUUUUCUUACCUAUAUGUGCUCCAUAAAACUGUCACUCUUUUCCUUUAAGUGACACUAUAGGCACCCAGACCACUUCAGCUCAUUGAAGUGGUCUUGGUGCCCUGUCCCCAUUAGCCCUGCAAUGUUAAAACCUCUACCAGACAGCCACUAGAGGUGCUUCUGGGAGUUUAGCGGACUCUCUGUCCCCUAAGUGAUGCUGGACGUUCUCACACCCAGCAUCUGGACAUCCAACAUUGUUGAAACCCCUAUAGGAAAGCAUUGAUUCAACGCUUAAUUAUGGGAAGAGCCUAAUGCGCUUGCAGGGCAUGAGAUCACCAUGUCCGAUGACAUCAGAGGUCACCAAAAUGGUGGGUUAAACACUAUAGGGUCAGGAAUACAUGUUUGUGUUCCUGACCCUAUAGUGUUCCUUUAAGAUACUGAUGUCAGACUAAAGUACCAAGCCCUACUUACUUCAUCUCUAUAAAUGUGCGGGUAAUUUAGAUAAGCUACUUCGUUACUCAAUCAACUUUAACAUGCAUUUAAUGUCAGCAAAAUUCACCUUGCUACUGAUAAAUGAUAAUAUUUCUCAAAUAAUUUAGUUUUAUGAUAUCUGGACUUUGAGUGUCUUGUGAUGUUUAGCCUUUUAACGAACUGGUAUACAUGUGAUGUGUACUGUGCUGUAUGUUUAUUUUUAAAAACAGCAGUUUUUAGACUACUGUGGAUAUAUUAAAAAUAUGGUGUGAUUAUUAAAAAAGCCUUUUUUCUUUUUCUUCUACCAAACUAUUACACUGCACACAUUAAGGGAGGAACCAAAUAAGGACCAAUGCUCUUUUAAAAUGAGACGCAUUUGUGACCAAGAACCUCUUGGCACAUUUGACAUGCGUUUAUUAUACCACAUUUUCACCAUUUCUGUUUAACUGUACCUAUGCACGCAACAUUAAAUAUGUUAAUGUUUUUUCUCCCACCUGUUGUGCAUUUAAUAAUGUCUACUCAACAAGUGCAACUAAAGAAAAAUAAUUCUAAAUGCCUAAUAUAUGUAGGAUUUCAAUGAUUUUUUUUUGUUUUUUAAAGAAGUCAAAAAAUUGCUAGGUGUGAAUUAUAGUUUUAAAUUAAACCUUCACAAAUUUGGCAUGCUGUGAUUAUAACUUUAUUGGUAGUCACAGAGUCCAAAACUGCUACAGAUAAAAUAUAUAUUUGUAGAAAGUAGUAUUUAUUUAUUUUUAUUUGGGGAGAGGGUGCAGUUUAAUGUCCCUUUAAUGCUAAAUGAGUGAAGCCCGUAUCCUCUGCUGCAUGGGUUAAUGAGAUCAAUUUAAGUAGUCAUCAGCAGUUGUGAUUGGCUAAGAGUAUCAGUUCACCACUUCACCCUAUCAAAGAACUCAGUGUCUGUAUGAUUUGGUAUGGCUAAAGGAAGUGUGCAAUUUCUUUCUUCGCCAUACUUCCAGUAGGAGCUGAACUGUGGGUGGCCAGUGAUCUUUAUUUAGUGUUAAACUGUUCAAAAUUAAAGAUGCACUACUUUGGUUAUUUUGCACAUAAAUCCGGUUUCAUAGAACUCCCUCCUAGCUACUCUGCAUACUCUUAUUUAUUAAUUUUUAAUCUUAAACUUUCAAACUACAAAACCUAAACCUGUGUGUUGUUUUUUUUGCAUGUGGGGGUACAGUUUAUAAAAACAUAUGUUGUGAUAGAAGAUAACCAGUUGGCUCAUUAAGUCAGCCCAUUAUGAAAUCUCAGACUGAUUUUGUUUUUGUUCUACAGGGUAGCGUUAUGCCUAUACCAAUCAAUCAUAAAUUCCUUUACCGUGUUAGCAUGCUACUUCCAGAUGUGUCUAGAGUCCCUAAAUGACUCUUCACUUUAGUUGUUUGCUUAUUUAUAUAUAAGCAGCUUUAUGCUCACUUGCACAUUAUUUAGCUAUUCAUAUUGUGAGUUUUUAACAUUGUAUCCGGUUUCUUUUCCAAUGCAGGUUGCAAGAUUAAAGCACUACGGGCCAAAACGAACACUUACAUAAAGACACCAGUCCGUGGAGAAGAGCCAAUAUUUGUAGUCACUGGAAGAAGAGAAGAUGUGACGAUGGCCAAAAGAGAAAUUCUUUCAGCUGCUGAACACUUCUCCAUGAUACGAGCAUCUCGCAACAAAAAUGGUCCCUCUGUGGGCACUGGGCAGUGUGCCCCUAACUUACCAGGUCAAACUACCGUUCAAGUCCGGGUUCCUUACAGAGUGGUUGGCCUUGUAGUUGGGCCUAAAGGAGCGACAAUUAAACGAAUACAACAGCAAACCCACACCUAUAUAGUAACCCCAAGCCGGGAUAAGGAGCCAGUCUUUGAAGUGACAGGGAUGCCUGAAAAUGUUGAUCGAGCUCGUGAAGAAAUUGAGAUGCAUAUAGCUAUGCGCACUGGAAAUUAUAUUGAGCUGAAUGAGGAAAAUGAUUUCCACUAUAAUGGUACAGAUGUGAGCUUUGAAACUGGAGGCAUCGCAUCCUCUUGGCUAAGUGCAAACCCAACAGCUCCUGGUCGUAACCGGAUGAUUUCGAACUACCGAAAUGAUAGUUCUAGCUCCUUGGGUAGUGGCUCUACAGAUUCCUUUAUGGGAAGUAGUAGAUUGGCAGAUUUUAGUCCAUCAAGUCCUUAUAGCACUGGCAAUUUUUGGUUCGGAGAAACUAUGCCAGCCAUGAAUUCUGAGGAUCUGUCUGAUGCAUCGGCCUUUGAUCCAAUACCAUCUUCCUCUGAGACCAUCUGGGCGCCUUACGAUUCAGGAAACACACUCUCUGGCUAUGGAAGCGAAGGCACUGCGAAGACUCAACGCAGAGGAAGUAUGUCUCCUACCUUCACAGAGGGUGUAGAUUAUCCUCAAGCAAGAAGUAUUAGAAACGACUUUCCCAGCGCAGGUGAAGUUGGGCUUCCUAUCUACAUCCCGGCAUUUUCAAAUGGUACAAACAGCUAUUCUUCUUCCAGUGGGGGUUCCACAUCCAGUUCUCCCCCGGAAACAAGACGGAAGCAUGACUGCGUUAUCUGCUUUGAAAACGAGGUCACUGCUGCGCUUGUUCCAUGUGGUCACAAUUUCUUCUGCAUGGAUUGUGCUAACAAGGUGUGUGAGAAAGAAAUACCUUUAUGCCCUGUAUGUCAGGCCAAUGUUAAUCAAGCAAUCCAAAUACAUUCUUAAAUGUACAGAUGUUUAGAAGUACAAUAUAGCACUCUUCCUCAAAUCCUAUGUAUACACGUUGAAGGCUGGAUUUAAGCUGCAGUUUGUAGAUGAUUAUCACUGCUGCUGGCACCUCACUAAAUUUAACUGCAUGUCCAGUUUCACUAGGUGGAGAUCAGCUGAUUAGCAUUUAGAACGGUAAACGUGAGAUCAUUAUACAGUAAAUUGAUUUACAGAGCUAGUUUACAUAGUGCAACAUUAUGUUUACAGAAAUUUCAGUUUUUACGAUGCAUCACUGCCUUUUUGUUUGUUCUUCUACGUAUGAAAAAUUAGAAGAGGCAGAUAUUUCUAUCAUACUACUAAUCCUCCAGUGUUUGUAAGCGAUUUUCUUAUCGCCUGCAUGUGCUGAAGAUCCUCAUAGCUUGUAGAUAAACACUACCAGAGGGGAAUCUUGGUAGAUAUCAAGUGGAAUUAAUCACUUGUCUGCUCAGGAACAUCAACCCGCUGUUUUUAUGAAUUGCCUGGAUUUCUUUAGGGGCUUAAAAUGUGCAAACUGGCUAAUAUAGAAUGUUACAUUCCACUUAUUAGUCUGAUCAUGUAAUUAACCUUUAGUUUUACAGGAAAGUUAAUGUGAAUAAUCUUUACAAGCCACCCGUGACUUGAACUUUUAGUCUAAGCAGAAAAGGGAAAGGCUAGUGUAACUAUGCUCUCACCAAAACCGAUUUCAAGUAUUGAUUAUAGUCCUUAACGAGUCAAGUCUAUUGUAGUUUAAAAAAAUAAAAAUAGAUUUUUAAUCGCAGGGAAAGAAGUUUUUUUUUUUUUUAAUUUUAUUCUCUCCCUUUUAUUUUUUUGCAUUUCAACCUGUGGAUAUACUUCUCUUAAGUCUUUCUCAGUCUGUUUUUAAACACUUGCAUCAAUAUGCAGAAAUUAAAAGAAGAAAAAAAGUUUUAAAAAAAAAUAAUAAAUCUCAGUAUGGAUUUUCUAUAAAUAUUUUUGAAACAGUUUUUUUCUCAAGGUAAAAGUUUAUUUUAUUUUUUUUUCACAAUAACACAAAAUUGAAGUUGUCCAGUCUGUGUACUGACUAGUAAAUAUCUAAAUCUUUAUUUUCUAUUUCCACUUGAAGUUACAUUUCUUACAAAAGUUUACAAAAUAUUGUUUAUUUUAGAUUUAUUAUUUUUUUCGGUAUAAAAUUGCCUUGAUGGCAUAAUAUGUAUUGCAAAACCUUUAAAUGCAAACUGCUUAUAGAAUAGUUAUGUCAGUAUUGAAACUUUAAACAGUAGCUGCAGUCUUAGCAAGUAUGCACGAAUGUUCGCCAGCAUGUAUUUUAUUAUAUUGCAUAGUACACGGUAACUAACAAAAGCCAAGGAAUUAACCUAUAUAUUAGAUGCGUGUACCAUUUAUAUAAACUACAGAUGUUAGAAUGACAAACUAUCAAUAUAGUUUAGUAUAUGCUAAUUUUAUUAUUACACUUUUGUUAUGUAUAUGUAGGGAGGUUAUAUAGGGAUUAUAAAUUCAGUUUGAGUAAAGGUUAAAAAAAAAUCAUAUAUUUUAUGAUAAAGGGCCUUUAACUUAUUAUGGCCAAAGCACUGAUAUUAUAUAUUUGCUGUAAAGAGAAUUAUAAGAGUUUUAUUUUUUGGAUAUUAAAAGUUAAUAAAGACUUGUUUCCAUUAACUUAUAUUUGAGAUAUUUAUUGAG